UCUUCGUGUAUUCUUCUUCACCUGAGAAAGAAGAGAAAAGUCUAAUGCAUCGGACGGCCAUUGUAAGCUUUCAGCUUAAGCAUCUUAGACGCGUCUGAUCGCGCCACGUCAUCUGGUCGGUCUGGGCUGCUUACGUGGGGAAAUCAGGGGCGUUGACAUGAUAUAGUACGUCUCUGCGUUGUGGACAUCUCUGCAACUUUGUCUCUUCCCCACCAUGUUCUCGUUCUCCAAGUGAGAGAGAGUGAAGGGUCAGUUUCCCUUUUCUGGACAUCUUAAUCGCCGAGAUUCGAACCCUCGGACUCUGUUCUGCAAGUCCAAACGAAGGCAAAGACAAGAAGAGGGCAGAAGAAGAAGAAGAGACACAGAGUUGCAGAGUGCUAAAGAGUUUCUCUUUCACCAUAUUGAGCAAAGCCAGAAAUGGGAAUCUCACCGUUUUUCUGCUCUCUCCUCCUGCUCUUGGUUCUCAGUUGCCCUCCACCUGCUCGUGGUCGUGGAAAUGCCGAGCUCGGAGCGCUUAUGGACGUGAAGGCAAGUCUCGACCCGGAAAACACCUUUCUCGCCUCAUGGACCGUCGCCGGCCACCCGUGCGACGGUUCAUUCGAGGGAGUAGGGUGUAACGAGAAGGGUCAGGUGGCCAACAUCUCGUUGCAGGGCAAGGGCCUCACCGGCAAAGUCUCGCCGGCGAUUGCGGGGCUCAAGCACCUGACUGGUCUAUACCUUCAUUACAACUCUUUGCAUGGAGAAAUACCAACGGAAAUUUCAAAUCUGACUGAACUCAGCGAUCUUUACCUCAAUGUCAACAAUCUUUCUGGGAAUAUACCACCUCAACUUGGAAAUUUGACUAGUUUACAAGUUCUGCAGCUCUGUUAUAACCAAUUCACUGGAAGCAUACCCAAUCAGCUGGGGUCUUUGAAGAAGCUUACUGUUCUUGCCUUGCAAUCUAAUCAAUUGACGGGUGCAAUCCCUGCAAGUUUGGGUGACUUGGGAAGGUUAAUGAGGCUAGACUUGAGUUUCAAUCGCCUCUUUGGUUCAAUCCCCACAAGAUUAGUUGAUGUUCCUUCGCUUGAAGUUCUUGAUGUUCGGAAUAAUACCCUUUCCGGCAAUGUACCUCCUGCUUUGAAUAGAUUAGUUGAUGGAUUUCAAUACGCAAACAAUCCAGGAUUAUGUGGAGUUGGAUUCUUGGGUUUGAGAGCUUGCAGUUUUUUGGAUCAUACAAAUCCAAACAGGCCUGAACCCUACGAAGGUGCCACAACUGGCACAGAAAACAUCCCAGAGACAGCUAAUUUGAAGCUGAAUUGCAGCCAAAUUCGUUGUGCACACUCCUCUAAAGCGUCACAGGCUUCAGUUGGUGUCGGGGUAAUUGUGGUUAUUUUUGUACUAUCUGCUAUAGGGUUUCUGACGAUCUCACAAUAUCGUCGUCGGAAACAAAAGCUUGGGAGUGCAUAUGAUGCAUCUGAUAACCGUUCAAGUACUGGCCAGGCUGUGGAGGUUUACAGGAAGAAUGGCUCCCCACUUGUUAGCCUUGAGUACUCCAGUGGUUGGGACCCCUUGGCCGAUGGUCGUAGUUUGGGGGUGUUCACCCAAGAGGUUUUACAAAGCUUUAGGUUUAAUUUGGAGGAGGUAGAGUCAGCUACUCAGUACUUUGCUCGAAAAAAUUUGCUGGGUAGGAGCAACUUUUCAGCAACAUACAGAGGGAUUUUGAGGGAUGGAUCCUUUGUUGCUAUUAAGAGCAUCACCAAAACUAGCUGCAAGUCUGAAGAAGCCGAGUUCUUAAGGGGACUGAACAUUCUGACCUCAUUGAAACAUGAAAAUUUAGUUAGGUUGAGGGGGUUUUGCUGCUCGAGAGGCCGAGGUGAGUGUUUUCUCAUUUAUGAUUUUGUUCCAAAUGGACACCUGCUGUGCUAUCUCGACCUAAAGGAAGGGGACAAUCGUGUCCUUGAGUGGCCUACCAGAGUUUCCAUCAUCAGUGGCAUCGCAAAAGGGAUAGAGCAUUUACAUGGGUGCAACAUCAACAAACCUGCUCUAGUUCACCAAAACAUAUCGGCAGAGAAAGUUCUCAUUGACCAGCGCUUUAAACCUUUGCUCUCUGAUUCUGGCCUUCACAAACUUCUGACUAACGACACAGUCUUCUCUGUGCUUAAAGCUAGUGCUGCCAUGGGUUAUCUUGCUCCUGAAUACACCACUACAGGACGCUUCACUGAGAAAAGUGACAUUUAUGCUUUUGGGGUGCUUGUCUUUCAGAUCUUGUCAGGGAAGAGAAAGCUUCCAAGUUCAAUCCGUUCUGCUGCUGAGUCAUGCAGAUUCUCUGAUUUUAUUGAUAAAAAUCUACGUGGAAACUUCCCAGAAUACGAAGCUUUAAAGCUUGCAAAGAUUGCUUUAAUGUGCACCCAUGAAUGUCCUGAGAAGAGGCCAUCCAUGGAAGCAAUAAUUCAAGACUUGGGUAACUGCACUAACACAGUCUGAUUCUGUUUCUCAAUUCUUCAGCAAUUGCCUGAGAAUUUUCAGAAGGGUCAGUAUAGGCUGGAGGAUGGAUUUUCUACUAACUGCUUGACACUUGCAGGAGAUAUUGCUGUAUUUUCCGCGUCCUUUGCACUUAGGACUAUGCUUUCUUGAGAAUGCCACUGGGCAUAUUUUAUUGUAUCUUAGGCAUGGUCUUUGUGAAGAUGUAAUCAAUUUUGUUAAUUAUUUGUUAUGUAGUAUCUGGUUCUGCUUCCUCAAACAAAACCAGUGGCUUCAGAAGUAUUGCCUUCAUAGAGCAUAGUAGAUCUUUUUGAUUCUUAAUUGGAACGUGUCUAUUGCCUUGUGUAACUAUGUUUCUCAACAAAUGCCUAAGAACAAUUUAUUUGUUCCGAAAGUCUCAAAUUUCCACUCUAAAACAUAGUCUUGUUGUUUUUGCUAAA